AUGAUUGAGCCCUUCCAGACGACCUUCUCGGUCCCUAUGACCUGCGAGAGCUGCGUAAAGGACGUCUCCGCCUCCGUGUCCAAGCUCGAUGGUAUCAACAAGGUUGAAGCCAAUCUAAAGGAUCAGCUUGUCUUCAUCGAAGGCACCGCCCCACCAAGUUCGAUCGUGGCUGCAAUCCAGAACACCGGCCGGGAUGCGAUUCUGCGCGGCAGUGGCACCACAAACAGCUCCGCUGUCUGUAUCCUCGAGACGCACUCCACCUCCGUCGCCAAUAAGAUUCGUGGCCUGGCCCGUAUGGUCCAGGUCUCCCCCAAUAUGACUCUUGUCGACUUAACAAUCAAUGGUCUUUCGCCGGGUCAAUACUACGCCACUGUCCGCGAGGCUGGUGAUAUCUCUCGGGGUGCUGAAUCAACAGGUGGUAUCUGGGAAUCGUUGAAGAAUAAGGUCCUGGGCUCAGACACUACCGCGGCCGAGAAGGAGCCACGAGGGAUCUUCGGCACCGUCGAUGUUGAUAACAAGGGCCGCGGCAAUGUGUUCCUCGACCAACCCGUUUCUAUCUGGGAAUUGAUUGGACGGAGUAUGGUCGUUUCGAAGAACAAGGAGGGACCGUUUAAGCGCGAGGAUGAGAACACCCUGGUUGGAGUUAUUGCGCGCAGUGCUGGCGUGUGGGAUAAUGAUAAGAUGGUCUGCUCGUGCUCUGGCAAGAAUGUCUGGCAGGAGCGACAGGAGCAGGUCAGCCAGGGAAUGGCUUAA